UCUACAGUAACCAACUUUAUAUGAAUGUCACUUUGCUUAUCCGUAGCUGUCACAAUGAAGUUGACGUUAACGCUGUUUGCCGUCUUGGCCAUUAUCGGUCUGGGACAAGCUCGCCAAUUCCCGGAUUUUGGCAGUGGUCCCCUUCACGAGGAUAUUCAUGACUUUUUGGACCUAAUCCCUGCUCCAGAAAUUAAGGCAAUCAUACUAGAUUACGUAUCAGAAGAUGCUGAAGUACAAGAAGUUGUUAAUUAUCUUUUAACUUCGACUGUAUUACGAGACCUGGUGGUAGAUGUGGAAGCCAUCCCUGAAGUGAUCAACUUUCUGAACUAUGUGCAACAUGAAGGAGUCGAUAUUUAUCUUCUAGUAAACCAAGUUAACAAAGUUCUUGGUAUCGCUGAACUCAUACCACCUUCUCAUGCGUAUUCUGCGAACAUACAGAGGACCGGUGGGCUUGCAGGACUUUUUAAAGACAUCAAGAAAGUGAUCCCUUUUAACAAGUUCAUUCGCAAUUAUGUGCAUAAGAUGAAGAGCUCUUCAGCCUUCAUCGGCUUCAUCCACCAACUCAGGUCCCCCAACUUUCAGCAGCUCGUAAACAAACUCUACCAGGUUAGAUCCUUCCAAAUCAUCGUGAAUGGGCUCAAAAGUAGAGGAGUGAAUACGCAAAUCGUAGCGGAUGUCAUGUACAUAGUCCUCGGCAUUACUGUACCGAACGGAAUUCUUGUUCACCAGGAGCGUACACUGGAUGACGAAUUGAUGGAUUUUUUGGACCUUAUUGAGGACCCGUUUAUGGAGGUACUGAUCAAGUAUAUGGCCGAAGAUAAAAAAGUACAAGACGCUCUGGUAUACAUGUUUACACCUGAAUUUCAUUCCAUUCUGCGUGACGUCGAAGUUCUUGAGGAACAUCAAGCAUUAGUAGCAUAUCUCGAGAAGGCUGGAUUGAGUGUUGUCGAUUAUAUCCAAUCGUUGCACAAAGCCAUUGGCAUGGAGGGUUAUGUGCCGCCUAAAAUAGAGAGCGUUUUCGAAUCUCAGGUUGGAAUGCAGAAAGUCGGUGAUGGAAUGAAAGGAAUGAUCGAGGAACUUUGGGAUACACUACCUAUCGAUGAGAUUGACGCUCUUUACAAAGACAAGCUGCAGAAUUCAAAGGUCUUUGCUGAUUUUAUCGAGAAGAUUAUGUCCCCGGAAAUGCAGAAAUUAAUCGAUAAUUUGUAUGGAAAUCAAACUUAUAAAAAUUUUGUCACGACGACCAGAGAAAAGGGAUUGGAAUUACAGGAAGUAACGAAACUUACUGCUAGAAUAUUUGGUCUUAAGUUCCCAUAUUACAAUUAAUAUAUGUAAUAUUUUAAACGCGUAUUUUAAACAUGUAUCCUCUUAUUUUAUGUCGUUAUACAUUGAUGUAAUGUAUGUAAUAGAUGUAAAAAUAGAUGUAAAAAUUGCAAAUAAUAAUUUAAUAUUUACUUAGCUUUUUAUUCUCAUCUUUAUGUUACAUAAAACAAAUAAAAUAAAACAAUUAAAACAAUAUAUUGAGCAAUGG